CGACCCCGUCAUCCCCCCUCGGCCCAAAUCGCACCGAGGACUCGCGUGCUCUCGCCGCCUCCUUCCCUCCCACCCGCGGCGUCGCCGAACGAAACCCUAGCCCCCGCGCUCGUCUCGCCGGAGAGGGGCAGAGAGGAGAGGGCUCGGGGGAAGCGGGAGGCGGGGGAUGGGGAAGAAGAAGAAGCGGGUGGAGAAGGUCUUCUGCUACUACUGCGACCGGGAGUUCGACGACGAGAAGAUCCUGGUGCAGCACCAGAAGGCCAAGCACUUCAAGUGCCACGUCUGCCACAAGAAGCUCUCCACCGCCGGCGGCAUGGCCAUCCACGUCCUCCAGGUCCACAAGGAGUCCGUCACCAAGGUUCCGAAUGCCAAGCCCGAGAGGGACUCCACCGAGAUCGAGAUCUUCGGCAUGCAAGGGAUCCCCUCGGACGUGCUCGCCGCCCACUACGGGGAAGAGGAAGAACCUUCACCGAAGGUGCCCAAAGUAGAAGUGCCGACGAUAAGACCUCCUAUCAUGCCUAAUUAUCCGAUAGGCAUGCCUUUUCCUCCUCGGCCUUAUGGUGCAGCCCGGCCUAUGUAUAAUCCUGCAAUGAUGGUCCGACCUCCGAUUUGGCCUCUUCAGCAGCCGCAACCUUGGUUUGCUCAACAACCAGCGGUUUCAGUCCCCCCAAUGAUUGCUGGGCAAGCACCACAGCAACCACUAUUUCCCAUUCAAAAUAUGCCCAAUCCUAUGAUGACAUCAGCACCUGUUAAUUUACUUCAGACAUCAUAUGCUAUGGUCACCACAGGGGUUCCUUCACCUGUUGCCCCUCAGGCUUCCCAGCCUUUGUUUCCCGUUAAUACCACUGGCAAUGGAGCAGCAAAUUCCCCAUUCAGCUCGUCAAUUUCACCUGCAACUAUUGCAGCAAAUUCUCCAGCAUCAGUUGCUACUGCAGGAUAUGGCUAUGUAGCUAACAACCAAGGUACAGGAGGUCCAGCAGUUGGACAUCCACCUGCACCUGCCACUAAUAGUAAAACCUCUGCUACUCAACCAGCUACGAGUGAGGUAUAUCUGGUGUGGGAUGAUGAAGCAAUGUCGAUGGAGGAAAGAAGGUUGGCGCUGCCCAUGUAUCAGGUGCAUGACGAAACUAGCCAGGUAAGUUCUGUUUUUUAUGUUUCCAUUACCAAUGAUCUCUCAAAAUCAUUGGAGUACAGCACCCGUAGAACAACAUAUAUGAGCAUUGAAAAGAGAGAAAUAGUUGGCUAGCUGCAUACUUCCUCCGUUCGAAAUUACUUGGAAGUUCUAGGUUUGUCCCAAGUCAAACAGCUUUAUGUUUGACCAAGUCUAUAGAAAAAUAUAUCAACGUCUACUACAUUGACUGUAGUAUGAACUACACUAUAUCAUGCACCGAAUGAAACUAAUAUGAUUCUAUAGACUUGGUCAAACUUAAAGAUGUUUGACUUAGGAUGGACCUAGACCUUCAAGUAUUUGGAAACUGAUGAGUAUGUGAGAUGAUUCCCUAUUAUACUACCGAUUUACAUUUUCAUGACAUCUCCUUGGUGUUUAUUUGUUUGAUCAUCUAUAUCCUGCUGAUUUCGCGCACAUCAGGAGUUCCAAGUAGGUAUUUACAUUGUUCUUCCUGCUAGUAAGUUUUUUUACAAUCUGACAAAUCUCAUGAUGCUAAUGACUUGAGGGUUAUCGGCCAAGCCCUGGACAGUACGCAAACGUGUAUGUAUUAAUUUCAGUUUAAGCAUUACUUCUAUGUAUUACGAGUUUGUAACAAGAAAUAGGUGGCUGAGCUUCUGCCAGUACCGUAGCAUUUAUAACUUAAUUUUGAUCGAGAAUGUGCCGAGAGUUUGGUUCCAGGUCAGCUUUCAUAUGGCCCGUGAGCCAUCAACUUUUGUUCAUAAAGAGGAAACUCACAUGCUCUGUUAUUUGUUUCCAAGUUACAGAGAUCGAAUCUAAUAUCAUCUUUCUUGUUUUGAAACUUAUGUGGACAGAUGGACUCGGUUGAUGCUGCGUUCGAUCGAAGAGUAUCAGAUCUUACGUUUACUACAAGUACCCCAUAAACAAGCUGUGUCCCGUGUUCAGUAAACAGCUCGAUGCGAUUCACCAACGGGCUCACCUGCGCAUCCAUAUGAGCGGCGCCGUGCAAUCGGUGAUCCUGGACCCCCCCCUGUUGUUGAUUUAUUUAGUUAGUGACUGGAGCUACUGCAGUUGAAAGAUUGUAUUGGUCAGCUUGGAGAUUUUGAUCCAACAUCAUUUGUCCUAUCUUACCGUACCAAGAGUGGAAAUCUGUUAGCCAUAGAAACCAAUUUCCAUUGUUGAUUGACGAUAUGUGUAUCUUCAGCUCUGUAAACCCGACGAUGAAAUUAGCAGCUUCAUUUCACCAGCUGUAGUAGUGUUUAUGUUAGCACCAUCAUUUUGCUGUCUGCAGCAUGAUUGUGUAUCGCAAAGCAAAACAGGAUUAUGUUGCUUGUUUCAGCAAUAUCUCAAAGGGAAUGCAAUUCUUCUCUCCGGUA